CUAGGAAACAAUCACUUUGCGAACCCGACUCUUCAGCCUUCCACUCCAUACCUACCUAGCAUCCAUCAACGGUCUCUUGCGCACUGAAUAACCCCAAAACCGAGAGUACGAAUCAGCUCUUAACAACAUUGAUUUCUCACGCGACCGACCGCAGAUUGUCUAUCCCUACCUUCGCCCAACAUGGUGCAAAUUAGCGAAGUGAAGGGCAAUAAUCGCGACAAUCGGACCGCUUCCCACACCCACAUCAAGGGUUUAGGACUGAAGGCCGAUGGCACCGCAGAGAAGCAAGCCGGCGGCUUCGUCGGCCAGCAGCAGGCUCGAGAGGCUGCUGGUCUCGUUGUAGACCUGAUUCGAGCACAGAAAAUGUCAGGACGGGGUGUCUUACUAGCUGGUGGACCUGGUACUGGAAAGACUGCUCUUGCACUUGCGCUAAGCCACGAACUCGGAACAAAGAUCCCAUUCUGCCCCAUCGUCGGAAGCGAAAUAUACUCGACCGAGGUCAAGAAGACGGAGAUGCUGAUGGAGAAUUUCCGGAGAGCAAUCGGUCUCAAAGUACGAGAGACGAAGGAGGUUUACGAGGGCGAAGUUACGGAGCUUACCCCUGAGGAGGCAGAGAACCCUCUCGGCGGAUAUGGCAAGACUAUCAGUACUCUUCUAAUAGGAUUGAAGAGUGCUAAAGGCCAGAAGAAGCUCCGGUUAGACCCAAGCAUAUACGAGGCGAUCCAGAAAGAAAGAGUUACAGUGGGCGAUGUUGUCUACAUCGAAGCCAACACAGGCGCAUGCAAACGAGUCGGCCGAUCGGAUGCCUAUGCCACAGAGUUCGAUCUUGAAGCUGAGGAGUACGUCCCAAUUCCUAAAGGAGAGGUUCACAAGAAGAAGGAGAUUGUGCAAGACGUCACUCUUCACGAUUUGGAUGUUGCAAACGCCAGACCACAGGGCGGACAGGACAUUAUGAGCAUGAUGGGCCAGUUGAUGAAGCCCAAGAUGACGGAGAUUACCGACAAGCUACGAGACGAAAUCAACAAGGUCGUUAGUCGGUAUAUUGACCAGGGAGUUGCGGAGCUUGUGCCUGGUGUUCUCUUCAUCGAUGAGGCGCACAUGCUAGACAUUGAAUGCUUCACAUACCUCAACCGUGCCCUAGAAAUGUCCAUCUCCCCAAUUGUUGUCCUAGCCUCGAAUCGAGGCAUGUGCACUAUUCGUGGUACAGAUGAACUCGUGGCUGCACAUGGCAUUCCGCCGGACUUCCUGGCACGUCUUCUCAUCAUUCCCACAACACCAUAUGAUGCCGAUGAGAUCAAAAGAAUCGUGCGUAUUCGAUCGACUACAGAGGGUUUACAGAUAACGGAUGCUGCAAUUGAUAAAAUUGCGGAGCAUGGCGUGCGCAUCAGCCUGCGAUAUUGUCUUCAGCUGUUGACUCCUGCAAGUAUCCUUGCGCGUGUCAACGGCCGUAACCAGAUUGACGUCAAGGAUGUUGCGGAAUGCGAGGAACUGUUCCUUGACUCACGGCGCAGUGCAGAUUUAUUGAGCGGUGAGACAGGAAAGGGCUUCAUCUCGUGAAUUUCACGAACCCAAGCAGUGUAAAAGCUGAACAGCAAGGGGCAGGGAUCUUGGGCAUAUUCCAGGAUGAAGAUCAGCAAAUGUAGUAGGCUACUAGCAAGCGCGUUGUAAUAUUCCUCUUCCUGCCUGCCUAGUAUUAUCUAAAGGUCGUACGAAGUAUGGAAAAGCCGGGGCAGGCAAUUUCCCGGCGAGACAGAAAAAACCCCAUGGUAGACGGAGAAGGGAGGGGUUCGGAGUUCUUCGUUAAACGGAAAUGUCGGCUGUAUGUGAUUUGAUAGCCCGAUUGGUCCUGAUUGAUAGCUUCGCAGAUGAAAAACUAUCCUAAUAUCAUUCAUGCUCAUAAUGAAUUAGACUGACUGGCUAGUUCAUCGCUCACUUCUAAGUUGUGACAACAAUGCAAGCUGUAGCUGAUGAGCUAGUUACCAGCAGCCUGAGACAUACCAAACACACAUUGAUUAGGUCCAUAGACACAGUAUACUGAAUGAUGCAAUGCUGGAUUCGGGUCUACGAAUCUAUCUGUUUUGGUAUUACAAUCAGCUUUGUUGGGCUCUGCACAACUUCAUUGGGUAGCAUUCCAAUGUGCUCGCUAGUAAUACCAUGUGCAGCAAUUACAUUGAGUACAAAAGGAGC